UUCAUGUCUCCCCCCAUCACCCUCCCCGCCCUUGAGUUCUCUCAUUCCAGAGUGCAUGAAGCAGCUGUGGGGAGAGUCACGGACCCCUUCGCAGGCUUAGAGAAUGUCACUCUGGCACCUCUUGGGAUUCCUCCUACUCUGUAAGUUGGGGGGCUCCGUACCCAUCACCCAUGACCUCUACGGAGAAGUGACUUCCCCUAUGUACCCCAAGCCAUACCCCAACAACUACGAUGACACCAGAGAGAUUGUGGUCCCCAAGGGCUACUCUGUGAAACUUGUCUUCUGGCAGUUUGACCUGGAACCUUCUGAAGGCUGUUUCUAUGACUAUGUGAAGAUAUCUACUGACAAAAAAGACUUGGGUCGAUUUUGUGGGCAACUGGGACUCACAGCAGGAAACCCUCCUGUCCAGAAGGAGUUUGUGUCCCAGGGGAACCAGAUGUGGCUAAAGUUUCAUACUGACUUCUCCAAUGAGGAGAAUGGGACCACCAUUUUCUACAAAGGUUUCCUGGCCUACUACCAAGCUGUGGACAUGAAUGAAUGUACUGCCCAGGACAACACCAUUGAGGAGAAUUCAAAGAUGGGGCUUCAGUGUGAACAUUUCUGCCACAACUCUAUAGGAAGUUACUUCUGCUCCUGCCGCGCUGGUUAUGAGCUCCAAGCUGAUGGACACUCUUGCCGUGCGGAAUGCAGCAGUGAGUUAUUCACAGAGGCAUCGGGGUACAUCUCCAGCCUCGAGUACCCCAAGCCCUACCCCCCUGACAUGCGUUGCAACUACAGCAUUCGGGUGGAUCGGGGCCUAUCUAUCAACCUCGAGUUCUUAGAGCCUUUUGAAAUUGAUGACCAUGAGCAAGUUCACUGCCCCUAUGACCAGCUACAGGUCUAUGCCAGUGGGAAUCCAGUUGGCGAGUACUGUGGAAUGUGGAGCCCUGGCGUCAUCAACACCAGCAGCAAUGCUGUGGAUGUACUGUUCUUCACAGAUGAGUCUGGAGACAGCCGUGGCUGGAAGAUCCGCUAUACCACCGAAGUUAUCAAGUGCCCCCAGCCUAAGGCCCUUGAUGAGUUCACUGUUAUUAAUAACCUACAACAACAGUACCAGUUCCGUGAUUACCUCAUUGUUACCUGCAAGGCUGGCUACCAGCUCACAGAGGGAAACCAGAAACUGAAGUCCUUCACCUCUGUCUGCCAGGAUGAUGGCACGUGGCACCGAGCUAUGCCCCAUUGCAAGAUUAUGAACUGUGGAGCUCCCCAACACCUACCCAAAGGGAGCUUCACAUACCUUACUAAGAAGGGAAGAAAUACCUACAAGGCUGAGAUCCUUUACACUUGCCAAGAACCAUUUUACCAGAUGGCAAAUAUGGAGAAAAACGUAACAUAUACCUGCUCAGACCAAGGCAUCUGGAAAGAAAAACAUGGAAACAGGAAGAUUCCUCUGUGUUUACCUGUGUGUGGGAAGCCAAUUAAUCCUGUAGUCGAAAACCAGCGCAUCAUUGCUGGGAAAAGUGCUCUGCCGGGCAACUUCCCUUGGCAGGCCUUCACCAACAUCCACGGGCGUGGAGGUGGGGCACUACUAGGUGAUAAAUGGAUCCUUACAGCUGCCCACACCAUCUACCCUAAGGGCAAAAAUGUAUCAAACGAUCCAUUUAUAGGUGUGUUCUUGGGCCAUACAAAUUUGGAUGAAAUUAUGAAAAUGGGAAUUCACCCCGUCCGUAGGUUCUUUGUCCACCCAGGCUACAACCAAAAUGAUUUGAACAGCUUCGACAAUGACAUCGCUCUUCUAGAGCUGGAGAACAGUGUCCCUCUAAAUCCCAACCUCCUUCCCAUCUGUCUGCCAGAUAGGGAAACCUUCUAUGAAAAGGGAUAUGUGGGAUAUGUCAGUGGCUUUGGAAAAGAGGAGCAAAGACUACACGAUGAUCUGAAGUUUGUGAGUUUACCCAUGGUCUCAAGAAAGAACUGUCAGGAAUGGCUCAAUUCAAAAAAGAGUAACCUGGUAUUUUCUGAUAAUAUGUUUUGUGCUGGAGACAAGACCUCAAAGCAAGAUGCUUGUCAAGGAGACAGUGGAGGAGUCUUUGCUGUGAAGGAUGAAACUAGAGAUCGUUGGUUAGCCACAGGCAUUGUGUCCUGGGGCAUUGACUGCGGCUAUGGACAUGGUUUCUACACCAAAGUGCUACAAUAUGUGGACUGGAUUAAGGGAAUAAUAGAAAGUGAGAGCUGAGAUCAGAGGAAUACCUAAGCCUCCAUCAAAAAGAAGAAAGCAGGGGCAGCUAGGUAGCACAGUGAGUAGAGUACUGGCCCUGGAGUCAAGAAGACCUGAGUUCA